UAUUGCGACUGGCGGUGCAUGCACGAGAACAAAUUCGUUAUCCAUUUGUGUAGCAGUAAGUGUAAGUUUGUGCGUUUGGCAUGCGGUUAACAUGUGGGGCCGCCCCGCCUCUCCUCGGCUUUCCUCUCUCCCGAUCACACGUCACGCUCCGCUGGUGACCUUUGCUGAAGGAAACUCUUUAUAGGCACACAGCAGCCCAGAUGCUCCUGGGAUCGAGAUCGUUUGUUUCAGCAAGAUGAAAAGAUGGAGAACCCAAAUGUUAUGUCGCUUGCUUCUGUGUGUCACUAUUUUACCAACCUGUUGGUGUGCUCAGGGGAAAUACGCUCAGAAGCUCUUGACCGAUUUAUUCACCAACUAUACGAGCGCGCUGAGGCCUGUGGAGGACACAAACACCAUCCUGAAUGUGACCCUGCAGGUUACGCUGUCACAGAUUAUCGACAUGGACGAGCGAAACCAAAUUUUGACUGCAUAUUUAUGGAUACGGCAAGUGUGGUUUGAUGCGCACCUCAAAUGGAAUAAAGAUGAUUACGAUGGACUCGAUACCAUCCGCAUACCUAGUAGUUAUGUAUGGAGACCUGAUAUAGUCCUAUAUAACAAUGCUGAUGACCACUUCACUGGCUCCAUGGACACCAACGUGGUGAUCCGGCAUGAUGGCCAGAUGAUGUGGGACUCCCCGGCUAUCACCAAGAGCUCCUGCAAAGUGGACGUGUCUUACUUCCCCUUCGACGCUCAGCAGUGCAGGUUCACCUAAGGCUCCUGGACCUACAACGGUAACCAGCUGGACAUCCUGAAUGCCAUGGAGAGCGCAGACCUGGCCGACCUGGUGGAAAAUGUGGAGUGGGUGGUGCUGGGAAUGCCGGCCAAUAAGAACAUAGUUCAGUAUGGCUGCUGCGCUGACCCUUACCCUGACGUGACCUUCACACUGAAGCUGAACAGAAGAGCGUCCUUUUAUGUCUACAACUUGCUCAUACCAUGUGUGAUGAUCUCUUUCUUGGCGCCACUGGGCUUCUACCUGCCCGCUGACUCUGGAGAGAAGGUGUCAUUGGGUGUCACCGUGAUGCUGGCACUCACUGUCUUUCAGCUGUUGGUUGCAGAGAUUAUGCCACCCUCUGAGAAUGUGCCACUUAUUGGAAAGUAUUACAUUGCAACCAUGACCAUGAUCACGACCUCCACUGCCCUGACUAUCUUCAUUAUGAACAUACACCACUGUGGUCCAGAUGCCAAGCCUGUUCCCAAGUGGGCCAAGAAAGUCAUUCUGCAGUACAUGGCCAGAAUGUGUUUUGUCUACGAAGUGGGGGAGAACUGCAUGUCACCUCAGUCGGAGAAAGAGGAGCCUCCACUCGUAAGGAACACCAACUGCGGCAUGAAUGGUCAGGCAGGGCCGGGCAGAGAGGACUGUGUCUUCAAAAUGGAGACAGGGCACGAGGCAGUGGGCUCCUCGUACGCAGAGGAGAGGGAAGACAUGGAUCAGACGAUGAGCCCAAUAGGCUCCAUCGGGAAGAACCCCACCAGCAACUACAGCGCUUGGAAACAUGGCAUUUACAUGAGCAUGGACUGUGGAGAGGCAGGGGGUCAGACCAGAUGCAGGAAGGGAGGUGUGAGCGAUGGAGAGAGAAGAGACGGAGAGGUUUCGUGCAACAGCCAAAGCAGUGAGAGGCAGGUACUGCGUAACAUUGAGUACAUAGCCAACUGUUACAGAGAUCAGAGGGCAACACAGAAAAGGACUGGGGAGUGGAAGAAAGUUGCUAAAGUUUUAGACCGCUUCUUCAUGUGGAUAUUCUUCAUCAUGGUCUUUUUCCUGAGCCUUCUCAUUAUGGGCAAAGCCAUCUAACAUCUGGUCUGACAAGCGGCCCUCACUCUGAGAGUGUUACUGUACCCGAUGAUUUAAUGGUAUUAAUGCUUUAUUCUGAAUGAUGCCAUCACCCACCUGACUGCAUUCCUAAUUAUUAGAAUUAGACAAUUAAUACAUUGAUUGGUUUUGUUGUUGUCAACUUGCAUUCCCAACUUUAGUCACAAUACUGUGUGAAAGUAAUUAUGCUCAUAAAUAGUAAGUCAGUAAAUCAACACAUAUUCCACAAUAUGGAUUAGUUCCUGUUAAUGUAUUUCAUUAAUCAAGGAGUUCAAAGACGCAGCCCAAAGCAGUGGCAAAUGAAUGUGCCAUCCAUUGCUGCCUCAGACAUUUCAAACAUGAUUACUUAUUGUUUUAUCUGUUAAAAAUGUAAAAUCAGGACCGUAGUUCUGAAACCAUUUCAUUAUUCUCAAAUUAAAUAGACAGAUUAUAUAAAAGCUUAAGGUAAUAAUUAUUUCAAUAUAGUGUGAUAGAUUAAGUCAUUUAUUUAUCCGGGAAAAUGUCCUUUAACUUUCAUGACAUGAACCAGUGAAUAAAGAAGGAUCAUUCAACUUUACAGAUCCGUAGGUCAAGUUUUACGACCAGAACAAAAGAAAACAGCACCCCAGGCUUCCUAACAUGGAUUAUCAGUUGAAUCCCCAUGAUUAUCACCAUCUGCUCUUCUCUUAUGUGUAUUAUACGAGGCCUUUAUGUGGCAGAAUGGGCCAUGAGUCAUUGAUUUGAACCCAAAGGGAAGUAAAGAGCUUAAUCAGCACAACUGUGCUUUGAAACAGUGUCAAUUUGAAAUAGUUUUGUUUGAGACAUGUGCAAGGUCAAGUAAACAGACCUUUCAACAAGACCUCAGACUACCACAACUUUACAUAAAAGGAAAGUACCUCAGGUUAUAAUCAUUAAGUCAAUUUAGGAUUUUGUCAUUCAAUAAGAAGUUUAAUAUCAAGUUAAAAAGAUACUUGAAAAAGCAAACACCUGUUCAUUUGGGACAGUUUUAUUGUUGGGAAAUCUAAAACAAUUACAAUUCAUUAUAUGCACAAAUCAAGUGAAUGUUUUGUUGUAUUGUGGUGUUGUUGUACCGUAGUGACACUGUAGCGACACUGUAAUUUCAUUUUGUAUGAGUUAUCAACGUUUGUUCAAAAUGUCUAGGCUAUAUGAAACAUUACACAGUCCAAGGAACUCGGGAGGAGGCAAAGCCAAAAGAAAGUGUGAUGAUAGUGAUAUUAAGUGAUAAGUGACAUUAAGACACAAUGGUAGAGAGUCCGUUACUGGGGUCUAGCACACGGGGGCCACUAGACCCUCAUUAUACCAUCUUGAAACUUUAUGACAUUUUCUGUUGAGCUUAAAAAUUCUACCUGCAAAUAGAUCACACGGAAUUGGAUGACAGAACACAAUUUCCUUUCCUUUUAUCAAAAAAAUGUAUAACAAAACAUUUGCAUUUAAUUGAGAGUGUACAUAAAUAAUGUUCUAUUUCAAUUAUAAAUGGUUUCAAUUG